UAGGCAAGAGAAGCAUUGAGAGUUGGUAAACGCGUAGUGGCAAAGGUAGGACAGGUCUGUAGCCAAUGAGAAUGGGUUCGGGGCGAGACCGGGACUCGACCCCACCCUCGGUCGUCAUGGCAACCCGCGAACCUCGAGAAACCCGCGAGGGUGACGGUUGGUGGGGGCCAGGUCGGUGUCAGGGGUCGCCGUUGUCGGCAGUCGGUCUCUGGUCGGCCCCAAGAAUAGUCGUUCGGGAGGCGUCGGAUAUCUCCGUAUUUAACACAUUAAAGCAACCUCAGCAGAGAGCCGAACUGUUUACGGAUCUCUUUUAAGGGUGACAUCGGUAUCGGGAGCAAAACCUUUUGGGUGAACUGUCGACCUUUGCCGUCGACCCCUUUAUCUCUCAUUGUUAUACAAGAGCAUUACCCGGAAAGACAGUGAACUGGUGUUUACGGUAUCAGCGAGAAAUUUUGUGUACGAAUUAUUAAUUUUUAUUUAUUACUAUCAGUGUUUAUUCUCGGGAUUACUGUUAUUUUUCUCUGGUUCCCUUCUCCGACGUGAUUCUUUCUAAUGGAUUUUUUUUUUAUGAACAUCCAAAUGAACGGGGUCAAAAUUAUAUCUGGUGAACAGUGGGAACACGUUUCCGCGCCGGUUUCCACCGGUUAUCAUCACUUUGGAGAACACACGCAAAUAUUUAAGAUUUUUCAUAGCUAAAGUGACAUUGAUUUCGAGAUAUCAAGUGCCGCAAGGAUCCCUUCGAUAAACCCUUGAUAAUUUGAGUCAAAAAUAUUUUUAAUUUUUUUUUUUUUUUUUUAUCAAAUCAUCGUGCUGCAGUGCGGGUUUUAGUGAAUCGACGUAAAUCAGUGACUCGAAAAAGUGAUCGAUCGCGUGUAAAUCCCGAUCGGACGUUAUCAGCCUGACCGUCGACCCCCCCAAGAUAAGGACUACCAAGGUAUUAAAAGACAGAGGAUCCUCACGACCCCAAAGAUACCAGCGAGGGGUAGGAGCCUGUGAUCGGCGUGUGUUUUCGCAGUAGUAAAAGCGAAAUUAGCCAGGGUGGUUCGCGGGGGGUCUGGUGGCGCGGACGCCCUGGCGACUGCCGGGGUGGUUUACCCGCCAGCGACGGCGACGUUGUUCCCCAGCCGUGUACCUCCACACCCCGAGCUCACCACGUUGGAGCUGGGGUUCCCACCGCGUGGCACCACCGCCUCGAUGGCGCUGGUGGCCCCGCCGCCCUCGUGGGCCUCGCGGGACCCCGGGGCCACCCUAGGUGGUGGCGCCCUUCAGAUAGGCCCACCUCCAAUGCCCCCGACCCACCUGACGCCUUCGGCAACCCCCGAGGAAAUCACGUGUCUGGUGCCAUCCGGGGGUGUGCUCACGCCGAGGGACCCACUGCCGCCGAGCACGACACCAGGAAGUCAAGCCAACAGCUCACAGUCCGGAAGUUCGCAGACUGACAAGUCGCCGAAUAUCGAGUGCGUCGUGUGCGGGGAUAAAAGCAGCGGGAAGCAUUAUGGACAAUUUACGUGCGAGGGAUGCAAGAGCUUCUUCAAGAGGAGUGUCAGGAGGAACUUGACGUACUCGUGUCGAGGGAACAGGAACUGCCCCAUCGACCAACACCAUAGAAAUCAGUGCCAGUACUGCCGGCUGAGAAAGUGCAUCAAGAUGGGCAUGCGCCGGGAAGGUAUGCAUUCCGUUCAACGAGGGAGGGUGCCACCGUCGCAGCCAGCCAUACCAGGCCUACCUGGACAAUUUUCAUUGACCAAUGGCGACGCGAUCGCGUGCGCCAGUCUAAACGGACACUCGUAUCUGUCGUCAUACAUAAAUUUGCUACUAAGGGCGGAACCGUAUCCAACCUCGCGAUACGGGCAGUGCUUACAGACGAACAAUAUUAUGGGUAUCGAAAACAUAUGCGAGCUCGCGGCGCGUCUUCUCUUCUCGGCCGUCGAGUGGGCGAGGAACAUACCGUUCUUCCCGGACCUCCAGGUGACGGAUCAGGUGGCUCUUUUGAGGUUAGUCUGGAGCGAACUCUUCGUCCUGAACGCCAGUCAGUGCUCGAUGCCCCUACACGUGGCGCCACUAUUGGCCGCGGCCGGUUUACACGCCUCGCCUAUGGCCGCCGAUCGCGUCGUCGCCUUCAUGGACCACAUCAGGAUCUUCCAGGAGCAGGUGGAGAAGCUCAAGGCGCUGCACGUCGAUCCUGCGGAGUACAGCUGUCUCAAGGCCAUCGUUCUCUUCACCACAGACGCCUGCGGACUCUCGGACGUCGCCAACAUCGAGUCCCUUCAGGAAAAGUCCCAGUGCGCUCUCGAGGAGCAUUGCAGGACCCAGUAUCCCAAUCAGCCUACUCGGUUUGGCAAACUUCUAUUAAGACUACCGUCGCUGAGGACAGUUUCGUCCCAGGUGAUCGAGCAACUAUUUUUUGUACGUCUCGUUGGAAAGACGCCCAUCGAGACCCUCAUCAGAGACAUGCUGCUGAGCGGAAGCAGCUUCAACUGGCCUUACAUGAGCACGAUGUGACACUCUGUCUGGCGGCAGCUAGCUUCCGCAUAAUACGUCACACGGUCCACGAUUCGGUAAUGAAAGAGGAAGAGAGAGGUUGGGGAGACGGUUUUGAGUAAAAAAAAAAAAGCGAAAUCAUUGGAUCACGCAAAAUUGUGAAGAUAUGGAUGAGAUAAGAGGGGUAGGGUCACGGACGCGUGAACCUGCCCUUCUUCAUUAGCGACUUAAAAAAAUAAGAAAUGAAAAAGUAUGAGGUUGGAUCGUCAGGUGAAACCGAUCGAUUCUCAACCGAGUGAUCCUGAAUGAUGAAUGAUCCCAAAGAGAGUCGUUCGGUUCCGCCUGGGACUGCCUGACGAAGUACAAUGGCUGGAGGUAUAGUAAUCAUUGUCCAGUCGUGAAUUAUGGCGCACGAGUGUUUACUCCUCCGUGUGAUAAAAGAAGUCACGUGGUCGAAGAGGGAACUGAUGGAAAUUCAAGGCUUGAAAAAAAAAAAUUGAAAAAUAUCAUAGAAACUUCAAUUUUUCGUUAUAACCCAAAAAUUUAAUUGGUGAUAAAAAUUUUUUUUUUUUAAUUUUUUGUAUCCCUCCCCUACUCUUUUUCUACUUCUUCUCGGAAGUUAACGGUUUCUUCCAUGACAUUCGAAUCUCCCUCCGUAGCUAAGAUCUACUGGGUCUACCUGGCCCGUAGAAGAAGAAGCCUUAAGUUUCUAACUGGUUUCUAAGCUUCAUACCGAAACGAAGACAUAUUAAACGUAAAGCAUCGGAGUAGACACGAAGGACUGUACAUAGGUACAUAAAACAAUAGAAGUACCGUAUCUGGUACGAGCUAAGUACACUUCCACGUCGUGGAGGUACGGUCGGUCUGAAGUUGGCCGAAGGUAGGUAACGCCUCGCAAGUCAAACUAAAGUAAGAGACGCCGCUGAGCGGAGUGAUAAUAAACUCGUCACUUAUUCAGAAUCAGGAGGCGCCCAGUGGUUACGUGGACAGCCUUGAAGGAGAGAGCUAACGAGAGUGAGAGAGAGAGAAAGAGGCAAGGAGAAGGAAAAAUAAUGAGAGACAAAGUGAAGUAAGCAGCAAGACCAUCGCUGCCCGUAAGACAUUGGGACUCCGGUAAAGUGGCCUGGUCUUGGAUCGAAGCACCGGGUCCGCUUCGGAACAAAGCUGAAGGUGGCGGAGGAGGCAGCGGCGGCAACUGGUGGAGGUGUGAAGAAAUCAUAAAUUAGCAUUUAUAAUCGGUCCUCACUAUCUCGAAUCGAUCCCAGUCAAGCACCGACUACCAGCCAAGUCAUCCCAGGAGUCCUUAGUCAUCCAAGCUUGCUACUUUAGGGGCGAACCAUUCGCUUCUCAUUUUUAUUUAACCCUCUCGAUAAAAUCCCCCCCAAGGUCCUUCGUCCACGGUGAACAAUUUCCAAAGGGACCUCAUUGCCAACCACCCCAUUAGAUGCCUAUAGUCCCUCUCGCUAUUCUGCUUCUUCAAACUUACCGAUUCUUUGACACUUUUCUUCUUCGUUCCUACGGGGUCCCCCUUAUACUCUCUUCUCGCUAUUCUCUUGAGUCACUCUUUUUUUUAUUUAAAAAUUUUUUUUUCUUUCCAUUCUCAUUCUUGUGCCUCAUUCGUUAUCUUUUUUUUUCUGUUCGCUGAUUUCUUCUUCUCUUUUUCCUUACCCACCCUUCUUCUUGUCUCUUCUCCACUUCUCUUUAGUACUUUGCUAUUUUUAUUUAUAUCUCCAACACGCUCGUUUACGUAUCGAGGCUGACUCCUCGUUUCAACAGACUCUUUGCGUAUUUUUUAAUUUAAUUUAAUAUUCGAAGCUGUUACGUGUAAUUAGGGCUUCUUUAUUUUUUUUUUCACCUGACGUCGUCACGAUCGAAAUUUUCUUCUCAAGAGGAAAAAUCCUGGUUUUUAUUUUUAAAGAAUUUUUUUGGAUCAAUUCACGUGGUAGCUGGUAACCGUUAAUGACUCGCGGGUACAAAAUCUUUAUGCGACGUUACAUCCCUUGUUAAAUGCAUUAUGAAGCGACCUCGGGGUUAGGUACUCGAAAGAAACGACGCAUUUAAUAUAAAGAAACAAAGUCGACCGUUUAUUGCGCGACAGACGUAAAUCGAACGCUCUUCUUUCUUUUUCUUUUUCUCUUUUUUUUUAAUAUAUAUUAAAUUAUAACGUUUUCGCUGGCCAAACAAGACUUUUGGAAAGCCAAUGGAAAGAAAAUUGUGCGACAUGUUUACUUACGAAUUAUCUAUGUUUAUAUAUAAUAUAUGUAUAUAUAAAGCAUAUAUAUAUAUAUAUAUAAUUUUUAUUAGCGAAGGGCGCUCGUUUUGCUAAAGACUGUAUCAGUCUCAAAUGAUAAGUAAUUAAUAUUAAUGCGCGGCUCGUCGAUCGGCGACCGGUAAUGGUAAAGUAAAGAAAAAUGAAACGAACGAAUGAUAGGUGAGACAGAUCGAUAAUAUAAUUAUUGCGAAUUUAUUUAAGCGUUUACGUUUGAACUUACUCACGUGACAAUACAUCGGAAAUACCAAGGGAAAAGAAAAUCCGUUUAUCUUGUACAUAAUUAUUUUUACUUUCGGGGUUACUUAAACUGAGUAUGUAGCUAGAGGUAAACUUAAACGAGGGAUUGUCAAAUGUAUCAGUGCCAUUGCGACUUCGCUACAGUGGCGACAAUGCGGGAUUUUGUCGAGGGCAGAGCAAAGUUGUUUUUACUGAUGCUAGAGAAUUUUCAAAAAAAACUAUUAUGUACUGUUUAACGUUAUCGAAGUGCAAGCCGAAAGAAUGGUUUGAUGAAAAAUUGUAUGAAAUUUUUGUAUUAAUUUGUUACCUUGUAUGAUUGUAUGAUUUUUCGAAUUUUUUUUUUUUAAUCCAAUCGUCGUCACUGUUCAUGCAAAAAUCGUUAGUAUACCAUAUACGUAUUUCUCCGCGUUUGUCAAGGUUUCCAAGGCCGUUGACGUAGUUAAGAGAAGGAGCGAAUGAGGAAGGCGAAAGGAAAUUUCUUAAAAUAAUUAAACGAGUCCUUAUCAAUUUUCCAGUGUUAAGGAUCACGGUACCAUUAAACAGAUACCUAUAUUUUUCACUUGUUAUUCAAUAAUAAUUUCCGUCUUAUCGGCGUCUAAACUGUCAAAGUGGGGACGAAUCGUGGAUACGUAGAAGAAAUCCUGAGGGGAACCAAGACGACGAAGAAGAAAAAUAAAAUAUUCGUCGCGUUUAGCCGCCAGCGUAUACAUACAUAAAUUAUAUGCAUUAGAAAAAAAAAACCACCAAACAAGGAUACACAUAUAAAUACACGAUAAAAAGAAAGAACGUGAACGAUGACACAAUGUGAUAAUUGUCGAAAUUUUAACCCGGUUUUUUGAGACGGUGCUUUUUCUACUUUAUAAAUAUUGUACAAUAAAGAAAAAUGAAAAAAAAAAAGAAACUGGACUCAGUGCGUUGUAUAGCGUUGUUUAAUGAUACGAAUUUGAAUUAUUAAUUAAUUAAUAAAUGUGGCAAUGUCGAGCUAGUUACUUAGUUGAGGAAACAUAGGGGUAUAUGGGAUAAUUUCUAAAUAUUUUUAAGCGGUCGUUUCUUAAUUAAAAAGAAAAAAAAACGUAAAUAAAUAAAGCGUCGUGUUCUCAUCUUGUACAGCAGGGGGGGAUGCUUCCAUUUGGAUCCGUUGUAAUUAAUUAAUGUAAUUUGCGCGAUUAUAUUAUUUUUAUUUGAUACUUCCCUCAUCCCGACCCCCACCACCGUUACUUUUCGUGCAAUGAACUUUGACCCUCCCUCGAACCUACCUUCAGUCUUUCAUUGAUUGUGGCGUGGUGCGGUUCACGUAUAGAAACUUUUAAAAUUUUGUGUCUUUCAAUUUUAUAACGGGAUCCCAAUGGAGGCAGCCUUACUAAACGGAUUCAGUUGCUCACGGAAACUCAAAGUGUAUUAUACCAGCCGUACGGAUAACGUGUAUGUAAGUAAAAGAUAAAAGAAAGAUAUCUAUUAAAAAAAAAAUUAAAGAACACAACAUGCAUACAUUAAGUAAGAGGGGACACAUGCAAGACACACACUGAGACACAGACAGACAGUUAUGUAUAAAUACGUGAAGAUUUUUUGUAUAAAAACGUGUAAAUAAUUAAUAUAUUAUAAAGAAUUAUAAAUAUAUAAAUAUA